GGGAGUGAGAGACACCCUUCGGGGCGGGGGUGGGGGGAACUUAGUUUGACUGUGAGGAGACGUUGCCAACAUGUCUGGAGAUGACGAUCCACAAGAGCAGACUAUCGCCGAUGACUUGGUGGUUACCAAGUACAAGAUGGGUGCCGAGAUUGCAAAUCAGGCCCUGAAGACUGUAGUGGAGGCAGCUGUAGCAGGGGUGUCAGUCGUCAGUCUUUGUAUAAAAGGUGAUGCCUUCAUCAUGACAGAAACUGGGAAAGUCUUCAAGAAGGAGAAAGACAUGAAGAAAGGUAUCGCCUUUCCAACGAGUGUCUCUGUCAACAACUGUGUAUGCCACUUCUCUCCCCUGAAGAGUGACCAAGAUGUCCUACUUAAAGAUGGAGACCUUGUCAAAAUUGAUCUGGGUGUGCAUGUUGAUGGCUUCAUCUCAAACGUGGCUCACAGCUUUGUUAUUGGAGUGACCAAGGAUGCUCCAUUGACGGGACGAAAGGCUGAUGUUCUCAAAGCAGCUCACCUCUGUGCUGAGGCUGCCCUGCGACUUGUCAAACCUGGAAAUCAGAACUCUCAGGUUACAGAAGCCUGGAACAAGAUUGCCAAGUCAUUUAAGUGCUCCCCCAUUGAGGGUAUGCUGUCCCAUCAGCUCAAACAACAUGUUAUUGAUGGAGAGAAAACAAUCAUCCAAAAUCCUACGGACCAGCAGAGAAAGGACCAUGAGAAGGCUGAGUUUGAGGUGCAUGAGGUGUAUGCAGUGGAUGUGCUGAUCAGCACUGGAGAGGGAAAGGCAAAGGAUGGAGGACAGAGGACCACCAUUUACAAACGAGACCCCAGCAAAGUGUAUGGCCUGAAGAUGAAGACAUCUCGGAUGUUCUUUAGUGAGGUGGAGAGACGUUUUGACGCCAUGCCCUUCACUCUGAGAGCGUUCGAGGAUGAGGGCAAGGCCAGGCUGGGUGUAGUGGAGUGUGCCAAACAUGAGCUGCUGCAGCCUUUCAACGUGCUGCAUGAGAAAGAGGGUGAAUUUGUUGCCCAGUUCAAGUUCACUGUACUGCUUAUGGCCAACGGGCCACUGCGGAUCACAAACAGCCUGUUUGAGCCAGAACUAUACAAGUCUGAGCACGAAGUGGAGGAUCCAGAUCUGAAGGCUUUGCUUCAAAGUUCAGCCAGCCGCAAGACGCAGAAGAAAAAGAAAAAGAAGGCAUCAAAGACUGUUGAGAGUGCAACAGGACAGCCCAUGGAGACUGAAGCAGCUGAAUAGAUCCCUCUGUCUCAGCUUUAUUGUCUUCAAGAAUAACUGACUGACAUCACACGACCAAAAGAGCAGGUGUCAAGAAUCUUUCUGUCCCAGCUGUCUGAGGCGCUUGUGGGCUUAGCCAUUGUGAAUACCUCCAAUUCUAACUGAUGUCAGACUGGGAUGCUGCUGCUCCUAAAUUCUGUCGCCGUACCGCCCCUCCACACCCCUAUCCCUCUUUAAUCUCACUGUCCUUCAGACGGGUCUCUCUCCUGAUUGGUAAGCAUUAUUCCACUCCAAGAGAGGAUGUUGAGUGCAAGGGCAUUCCUUAAGUUUUUUUUUCCCUUCAGUGGAAAACUAAACCAAUCAUCCUUGAGCCCUAUUCCCACUUUUGUUUUUAAUUCCACCACAAACUAUCAUGAAGGCCGUAGUAAUUAAUGAGUUUUGACACUGCGACCAAGGAGUGUAUGACUGCACAGCAUUGUGUCACUGUAACUGUGGCAUAUUUGUAACCUGUUUGAUACCACAAACCAGGAGCCAUGCCUUUUGAAAGGAAUGUUUCAUUCUAGGGAGAGGAAAAUGUAUAAAACCUAACCUGAACCCUUAAGUCAAAUGAAAUUCGUAACAUUUGUAAGCAUGAAUCAGCUGUUAUCACUGAUGCUGCAAUUAAUGCAUAUUCAUCCUGCACCUGCUUAGGUCAGUAUACUAGUACAGUAUAUAUACCUCUAGGCGUUGAGGUCGUUCAACUAACAAUAAUAUUAAGUCUUCCUCUUGUAGCUGAGGAAAACUAACAGUAACUGCAAAUAUAUUGACCUGUUUUCUUUUUGUUCAGCAGUGGAUGGUGUAAAAUUUAAUUAAGGGUUCUAUAUUCUAUUUGGUCUUCAGGUGCCACUACUGCUGUCAAGGUGUUUCAGUCUGUGUUUACAUAAGAAUUCCAUAGCUGUUAGAUAUAUGGAUGCUUUUGUAAAACAAAUCCCAGUUUCAGAGACUAUUUUUGGAAACAUUAAAAAGCCACCUGACAUCAUUUUUGUGUUUGUGUUGUUGGAUU